GUGCUUAACCUCAUCGUCGCUGUAGUGGUAGACACCUUUGCUGAAGCACGCGAGAAGGAUGUCCUAAACCUGGCCGAGGAGAUGGAAACCGACAUCGAAAUGGACAAGAAGUUCCUACAGAAGAUCUUCGAUCGCGUGGAUGAAGACGGAAGUGGGGAGCUGACACUCGAUGAGCUCAUUGAGGGAGCCAGGAAGGAUACUGAGUUCCAGAGCCGCCUCCGGGUCAUGGAUAUCGAUGAGGCUGACUUGCAGCAGCUCUUUCAGAUGAUCGACACCGACGAUUCCGGCACUGUUGAGCGCGACGAGUUCAUCGCGCCGCUUAGCCGCUGGGUUCACGAGUCCAAGACCGCUCCUCGAUUCAUCAAGUACAACUUGAUGCGAUCCUUGCACGAGCAAGAGCAGCUGAAGAAGAUCACUGAGGUGAGAUUCGACCAGAUCAACUCGCACAUCCAAAGGAUCGCACUGAGCCUCGGCAUCCGCCUGGAGCGCACUUCCUCAAAUAGGCCCAAGGAGAACAAGAAGUCGUCCUUGAUCCGGGCAUCGAAGGACUAUGCUGUUUCCUGA